CCUCCGCACCAAAAUGGCGGCUCUCUGCCGCGCCCUCCUCCUUUGCUUCCAGUUGGGGUCUUGGGGCCGGGGGGCAGGGCGUUAGCGGGUGGCCUGAUGCCUUCAUAAUGUUUGGGGACUUGUUUGAAGAGGACUUUCCCUACAUCCCAGAGAAUCACAUCGAGAAAGGGACAAAAUCCAAGUGCGUGGACCCAGAGCCGCCACCCCCCCGGGGCAUCACCAACCUGAGUGGCAUCCAGAACCAGGGCGGGACUUGCUACCUCAACUCUCUGCUGCAGACUCUCCAUUUCACCCCAGAAUUCCGAGAAGCUUUGUUUGCUCUGGACCCAGAAGAGCUUGGAUCCUUAGAGGACAAGGAUGACCCUGAUGCGAAGGUGCGAAUCAUCCCUUUGCAGUUACAGCGGUUGUUUGCUCAGCUCCUUCUCUCAGAUCAGCAGGCGGCAUCCACCACUGACCUCACUGACAGCUUUGGCUGGAACAACAGCGAGGAAAUGCGGCAGCAUGAUGUUCAGGAGCUGAACCGCAUUCUCUUCAGUGCGCUGGAGAGCUCCCUGGUGGGCACCUCUGGCCACGACCUCAUUAACCGCCUCUACCAUGGGACCAUAGUGAACUAUGUCAUGUGCAAGGAGUGUGAGAACAUCAGCGAGCGGCAGGAGGACUUCUUGGACUUGACAGUGGCUGUCAAAAACCUGUCCAGCCUGGAGGAAGCGCUUUGGAGCAUGUAUGUGGAGGAGGAAUUCUUCGAUGCGGAGAACCUGUAUCACUGUGGAACGUGUGACAAGCUCGUCAGUGCCACCAAGUCAGCCCGGCUGCGGAAGCUGCCUCCUUUCCUGACGAUUUCUUUGCUGAGAUUUAAUUUUGACUUUGCCAAGUGUGAACGCUACAAGGAGACAGGCUGCUACACGUUCCCUCUGCAGAUGGACCUGAAGCCCUUCUGUGAGCAGAGUGAGUUGGAUGACUCGGAGUAUGUGUACGACCUCUUCUCUGUUAUCAUACACAAAGGCGGCUGCUAUGGAGGACAUUACCAUGUGUAUAUCAAAGAUGUGGACCAGUUGGGAAAUUGGCAGUUUGAGGAAGAUGAGUCAGAAUCGGUUGCAAAGGCCAAGAGUUUGAAGGACCUUCCACGUGUACAAGAAACUGAUAAUCCGUUAACAGUCCUCAAAAAUAUCUUAUCACAGGAGGAAAACAAGCUGAUUCCUGUGGACCAGCUGGGUCAGAAGCUCCUGGCUAGCAUAGAAAUAUCUUGGAACAAGAAGUAUCGGAAAGAGCACGGGCCCCUACUGAAGUUUUUGCACGCCCAUUCCGAUGAGUUUCUCCUUAGCUCCAACCCCAGCAAGGUCUGUCUAAGGAGGGACGCUAGUCCCCCCCCGGUCAUCCCAGCUGAGUGUAAGCAGCCUGGUCCCACAGCCCCUUCUUGUGGCGAGGGCCCCAAAGCUUCUGGAGCAGAACCUGCUGGGGAUCCAUGGCCGGAGGUCAGCGCUGAAGGCCCUCAUUGGUUUGACAUCAAUGAUUCGCAAGUGGAACCCAUCCAGGAAGCAGACAUUGAGAAGCAAUUCCAGGGAAAAGAGAGUGCCUACAUGUUGUUUUACCGGAAGACGCAGCUGCAGAGGCCUCCAGAAGCUCAGUCCAACCCACAGUACAAGGUUCCGAGUCACUUGCUCAGGGAGGUGCAUGAGGCCAACAUUGAGCUACAGAAAAAGAGGGCAGACUAUGACUCUGUGGUCAACAACCUAGACCUGCAUCUCCACCUGGGCCCUUGCUAUGAGUUUUAUAGUGGGGCCCUGCACCCCUCUUCCUCCAGAGCAGAAGACUGCAUGUUGGACUUGACCAUCGAUAAACGGAAAACUUUAGGUGAUCUUCGGCAGUCGGUAUUUCAGCUCCUGGAAUUCUGGGAAGGGGAUCUGGUGCUCAGCCUUGCCAAGCUCGUGCCUGCAGGACUCCAUGUUUGCCAGGCCCUUGAAGGAGAUGAACUGACAUUGCAUGAAAUUGAAAUGACCGAUGGGGAAGACAUCUUUGUGUGGAAUGGGAUGGAGGUUGGUGGGGUCAAGAUUCCAACUGGUGAUGAUGCUGUUCCCAUCCUUUUGAACAUCCUUCAGUUGACAAAUAACAGUGAUGGAGCAAAGGGGCAGCCGUUUCUAGAAAUCCACCACGUGUUUCCAUCCAAUGCUGAAGUAGGCACCAUAUUCACGGCCGUAGCAUGUCCUGUUGGCAUUGUCCUGGUGAACAUUACAGGCUCUCGAGAUCUUGAGUUAGAGAACUGGUCAGUCAUUCCCAAGGAGAACUUUGGAAGGACCUUCAGAGCACAAGGCCUUCAAGAUGGCAGCUCCGUGUGGAUAGUGAACUCCAGCAGCUAUGACCAGAGCUUGAUGAUGGCCGGAGGCAGACGGGUGAAUUCUCUGAGCAGCUUCAACUGGAUGCAGGUGAAGAAUCUGUGCCAAGCAGAUUCUGAGGAGGAGCAAGUAACAGUUUCUGCGACUAUUGAAACAAUGCUAUUGGACAUUAGAAUCAAAGCCAUCAAGGAAUUGGGGUUGCAGGAGGAGCUGGUUAAUAACAGCUGCUUGAGGCUGAUCGAUCGAAAUGGCCAGCUGCUUUCUCCAGUGCCGGAGCAUUACACCGUGGCUGAAGCAGAGAUGGAAAUGGGCAGUUUGUUGGGGCUUUGUCGUGGCAGAGCUCCGACUUCCUCCCAGCUCUUCCUGUUUUUCACGGUGGGCAGUGACUUUGAGUCCAGUCUGAUGAUGGAGAUCAUCGUGGAGUCAGCAGUCUCUGUGAGCGAAUGUUUGAAGAAGAUGCUGGAGAAAGCUGGUCUGCAAGGUGACUCAUGGCAUUUGCGAAAAGUCGAUUGGUGCUUUGAAGCUGGAGAGCCUUUAAAUGAGGAAAAUGCUUCCCUGAGUGAGCUUAUGAUCAGCAGUGGGGAUACUUUGGUCUUAUCUGAAGGGAAACUCCCACCCAAGGGUUUCCUAAAAGUGCCUAUCUGGUGGUACCAUCCAUCAGUUCCCUCUGGAUGGCAAGAAAACCCCCAGGACCAAGUGAACCUCAUCACUCACCAGAUGGAGGCUUUGAGAACCACCCCUGAAGGAGGUGAUCUGCAUAGAGCUAUCCAGCCUGAAAUUCCCUUUACUUUUGUGGGGGACGUUGAGAUCUCUGAAGAGGCUUCGGUGGCGGAUCUCAAGACUCAGGCCAUGACCUUGCCGUCUUUCCUGGACUUCUGUUUCCCAUCUGUUGACUUUCUGAGAGCCUGGACCAUGGAAAGUAAGCGUCCAGGCAGGCUUUUGCGAAACAGCCAGCAACAACUCAAGGAGUAUAAAGUGGGAGGGAGGACUCAGAUCUGCAUAGAGCCUCUGCAGAAAAGAGAGACCUUGGGCCCCAAGGACAUGCUGCUAAGGACCCAGAUGGGCAUCCCUGGGGAGAGGGCCUACUACCCCACCAUGGACUUUGUGUGGGACGUGGUGAAUGAGUGCACCGCAGCGUCCCUGCGACAGGGCGUGGCUGCCCACUACUGCCUCCCUGUGGACAGCAUUGAGAUCGCCAAGUACUUUCCUGAGAAGUUUGAGUGGAUGCCCAUCUCUAGCUGGGACCAGCAGGUUUCCAAGAGGAAAAAGAAGAAAAAGCAGGAAAACCUGCAGAUCGCACCUUAUUACCUGAAAGAUGGAGAUAUUAUUGGUGUGAAGAACCUCCUGGUGGACAACAACAGGGACUUCAGUACCCCGAGAGAUGAUAUUGGAAAAGAGAAUCAGACCAAGCUCUUUGGGGGAAAGAGGAGAAGGCGCCAGGCAGUCCAGCUGCAGAGCCCUGUCCACCUGGAGAGCGGUGAAAGGGAGGCGGAAGUGCACGUACAGGAGAAGCCGCAUAGACCAGAAGCAGGACUUUCCAUCAAUGUGGGCGUUUUCAGAUAGCACCAGAGCAGGGCUCUGCAAGAAGCCAGCUGUGACCCACCACGCACUGACCCACUGACUGCCAUGAUUCAGUGUUAGGCCUGAAUGGGAGGGAGGAAGGGAGGGCUUGUGAGUGGGACCAGGAGGCAUCGUGGAAAGCAUGGCAGGGGAUGUCCGCCCUGUGUUCAUCCACCUAGGGCUACUCGCUGAGUCAGCUCAGGGACAGAAAUGAUCAGUCCAUUCAGGUGAUCCAGUGGGACAACUUUUUCCCUCUGAAGAUAGGACUGGCUGGCAGGAAAGUUGGCCAGCAGUGUAGACAGACCCAAGCCCCUGUGCUGAGAGCCUUCUCUGCCUUAGGUGAGGUAAAUGCACUUUAUCAGAAAUGACCCACUGUAUGCAAACAUACCGCUUUGUGACAUUUCUUUGAGGGCCAGGGCUCGCAGACCUUGUGGUUUUUGGAGGCCCCUGUAACACUUAGCUUGACGUCGGCAUUCUUGACUUCUGGAGUGAAGACGGGGGGUGAUAUAAACAUGUCACCUCAUUGGUUGAUGGAUCAGUUUUUAACCCCCUCUUCUCCCUGGCUACUUAGUCCCAUUCCCAGAGUCUCUGCAGACUUUUGGGGACGCUCCCUUAAGAUGGGUUCCAGCACAGAGUGCAGCAGCAGCAGCCCUGACCACCUGCUGCCAGACAGUUUUUUUCUGUACUUCAUACUGCCUGUUUACCUGUUUUUCCUGUAACAUUUCUUUCACACAUUAAAUGGUUUCCUUUUUAACUUAGUUUAAUCCAUUAUCUUAGAGUCAUGAUCCUGCAGUCAUUGACAUAAAAAUAGAGCUAGACAGGAGUCGUCACCUGGAGAACCGACUGGAAGGCUAGAAGUGAUGCCACCAGUGUUCCAUAGUGUGGCUUUCCAUGUAGCAAUCAGUGGGUGGGAUUUUGAAAAACGGUUUCCCACUUUUCUGGUAUCCUAAAUGCCUCCGUCUCUCUGGUUGUCCUCCAUUCUUGCCUUUUGGGAAAGUUCAAAUAAGCCUCUUGUUCGUUUGGUUCAUUUGGGUCAUUUUCUCAGUUAGUAGUAGUUUGACAUUCGGUAUUCUGCUUGGCUGAGUUUUGACAUUCUUCUGUGGUGAAGACUGGGAAAUAAAGAAUGUAUGAAAUAA